GGGACAGUCAAUCAGGUCACAUGAUUUGCGGUCAAGAUGGAGGAGGUGGAUAAAAUCAUCAUACAUUCACUAAACUCAAUAGGAUGUGAUAUAGAUGAUGAAAUCACCAGCCUUAAGUUAUUUAACACGGAUAUGAUUGUGUCUACUGUUGUCCGCUGUUUGAAGGUUAUCAACAGUGAUGUCGACUUGCCAAACACACUGCCGCCUGGCAUGUCUGCGAGGUUCCGGAUGGGAGCCAGCUUGGCCAACUGUGUUCAGGAUGUUGGAUAUACAGGAGAGCUGGGUUAUCAAACAUUCCUGUACUCCAGUGAAACUGAAAUAAGGAAAGUGUUGAUGUUUCUUAUUGAAAAGUUACCAAAGGAAGCAUCACACACAUCUGAAGAACCUCUAGGAGCAUCAGUUCUCCUCCAAAGAGCAAUCUCGGCAAAAGUUGGACAACAGAUUUUAUCUCCAUGGACACCACCGCAUCUCAAAGACAGGGGGAUUACGUGGAGGGGUAAACCUCCAGUAUGGCAGAGAGAGGGAUCCUCUUGUAUGCAUAAUUACCAUGCCUGUCAUCUAUGUAUUCCUGAAGGAAUUGCAGAAUUAACAAGAAAAAUUCCAAAAGAUGUUAAAGCUUAUUACUGCCAUAGUCUUCCGUAUGUCACAAACCAAACCCGCCGCUUCCAAGACACAGCACCAUCUGUGAUUGAAAUGAAUGCCACCGAAAUUGCAGCCCACCAGGAGUCUGAGAAUGAAUGGAACCAUUCCGGACUUGCAUCAAGACUAUCACAAAAAGAAUUUAGAGCCAAAAAAAUGGAUAAAAUUCGCCGAAUGAUCUCGGACAGACUCAGACAAGAUUCCCAUGCAGCAGAUUCCAGCAGUGACCUUGACACAAUGCGUGACCUUCAGCAAGUGAUGUCCGCCAUCAGCUCACAGACCAAGAUUACCACCAAGACGAAGGGAUCGAGGUUUGCACACACAGAAAAACUUCUCUUUAAACAGGAUGAAAGCAAGACUAUGGAACAGAUUGGUGCUGAUAUUCCAACAAGAGAUACUGAAGAGGAACAACAGAAGAAGAGGGAAGAAGAAGUUGAAACACUAAAGAAGGAAAUGGAGGAGCUAACAUCCAGACUAGAAGCUCUCGACAUGGAAAUGAAGAAAUUUACAGCUAGCCAGGCACAAAUGGCUGAACAAGUUUUAACCGAAACACGAAAAACACAGGAGAAAGAGAGCAACUUUAGAGUGAAAAAACAAACCCUUGAUUUAUUGCCUGAUGCAGAAAAUAAUAUAUCAAAGUUGCAGGCUCUUGUUGACGCAAGUGCAAGUCGUUUGGUAUCUUUGGCGAACCAGUGGGAAAAACACCGAGCACCAUUGAUAGAACAGUACCGUGAAUUGAAAAGCUUGAAUUCCAUGAAAGAGUCUGAAGCCCAGAAGAAAUUGGUUGAGAUAAAAAUAUUCCGAGCUAGAAUGAAAGAUGUUGCAGCCGAUGCUAGAAAUAAAGAAGAGAUAGCUAAGCAACUGCAUUCAGAGUAUGAACGGAUAACAAAAGAUGUCAACAGGUCAGCAUACACCAAAAAAAUCAUGGAAAUAGUCUCCAAUAUCAAGAAGCAGAAACAAGAAAUCGACAAGGUACUGGUUGACACCCGUGAAAUACAAAAAGAAAUCAACCUUCUUUCUGGGAAACUGGACAGAACAUUUAUAGUUGCAGAUGAACUAAUAUUCAAGGAUGCCAAGAAGGACGAGUCUGUGAAAAAAGCCUACAGGUUUCUGGCAGCUUUACAUGAGAACUGUGACCAGUUAAUUAAAACUGUGGAAGAAACGGGAGUAAUAAUGAGAGAAAUAAGGGACUUGGAAGAGCAGAUUGAAGCAGAACAAAGUAAGAAAGUGUUGGCCAAUCUGCAGAAGAUUUCCGAAGACUUUCAGCAAAUGAAGAAAGAAAAUGCAACAAUGAUCACUAAACUGAAGUCAAAAUAAAUCUGGGCUGUGAACAGAACACUCUAUUAAGUGCAAUAACAAUGGACACAUACUAUAUCAUGCAUAUGUGGGAUCACCAAUAUGUCCAGAUUUAUACAGAAUGUAUUGUGUAUCCUAACAAGCUUUUUCUCAUUCAUAUUAAAUGGAAAGUACCAAGUUUACAUAUGCGUAUUUUAACAGGUAUUUAACUAUUAUAUUUGAGAUGCAAAUCUUUGAAUACAUGACCAAUAAAGGUGCUAAUUUAACAAUCCAGACUUUUAAAGGGUUGUUAUCAGAUUGUGGUGUCACAACUCCAGAAGCAUUUAGAGAUUUUCAUUAUGUAGAUGCAUGCAAGUGUUUCUACAGUAGUACGAUUCGAAAUGUGUCCCUGGUAAUCCCAGGGUUUGACUUCUUAAAUUUGACUUGACACCAUUGCUUUGAAAUUGGGAAUUUUAAGCCAAGUUAAAAUUUAAAAGAGUAAUCCUAUACAGGUACUUGUAUUUAUUCAAAUUAAUACAUCUAUUUUGCAUUAUGAAAUGUUAUAGGGGAGGGAAGAGGUGUUUGUCAAGUGUUAAGUAUCAUUUUCAAAAUAUAUUUUUAUAUAAUUAAAAAAAAAAGGGAAUUAAUUGCAUUCAUAUUGGGAAUUUUUUUACUACAAAAUUGGGAAUAAAAAACCGAUAUAGCCUUUGGGGAAUGGUGCCGAUUAUCGGAGUCCAGAAACAUAGCUGAUAAAACCCUGAAUCCAGACUUCUUUAUAUACUCAACAAAAUUAAUUAAGAGCUUGUAGAUUUUUUGGCAGAUUUCUUUAAAUAUGAUUUUUUGUUUUUUAAUUACAGCUUCUUCCAUUGUAAGUUGUGAACAUUUUGGUAUAUAGGAUAUUCUUAAAUUAUUGAUCUUAAUCAAUUUUGAGUAUAUUUUCAGGACAUAAUAGCGAAAUCUGGACGGACUUCAUAAGCUAAAUGGCACGACAUAACAAAUAUGUUGUACUUACACCUACAAAGCUGUAAUUCAAACUGCAUACUUGAAUUAUGUGCGUAAAAUAUGUCUGAUCACUUACAAGAUAAACUAUACAUUAUGAAUGAAUUUAAUGAAAGUAAAUUUCAUUUUAAAUCAAAGAUGUUUGUCUUUGAUAUAUUCGAACAUGUCUGAUGACAGAUGUAACAUACAUGCAUUAUAUAUUCAGAUGUUACAAAAGUAAAGUUUAUUUUUAAAAGAA